AUGGCUCUUGGUACUCUGGUUAUCAUUGCCACCAUGCUGGUGUAUUUUCUCUUGAGAAAUAAAAGAGUGCUAUUGUCCCAGAAGCAACGGGGGCGACGAGGCAGGCUGCCCCCGGGGCCUGCGGCGCUGCCCAUCAUCGGUAACAUGCAUCAGGUGAUUUUGAACAAGCCGGCGGUAUUCCGAUGGAUCCAUGGCCUGCUCAAGGAGAUGAACACGGACAUCAUGUGCCUCCGUCUCGGAGCUACUCAUGUCAUUGUUGUGGCAUGUCCACAGAUAGCCUCUGAGGUACUACGAAAAAAAGAUGAAGUUUUUGCCUCCCGUCCCACCACCUUCGCCUCGGGCAUAUUCAGCUUUGGGUACAAGGGCUCCAUCUUCUCACCACAUGGAAACCAGUGGAAGAAGAUGAGGCGUGUCCUCACUGUUGAGAUCCUCACCUCGUCCAUGGAGAGAAAGCUCUACCACCUCCGGAAAGAGGAGUACGGCCACCUUGUGAGGUACAUUAAUAAAACUUUUUGCAGCGACAUGGCAUGUCCAGGCAACAUUGUCAAUGUCCGUCAUGUAACCCAACACUUCGUUGGUAACAUGAUAAGAAGGGUUGUGUUCGGUAAAAGGUACUUCAGUGACCUACCAACUUCAUCCACUAGUGGGCCUGGACAUGAUGAGGUGGCACAUGUUGCCGCUCUCUUCACGGCCCUCAACCAUCUCUACAGCUUUUGCGUGUCCGACUACUUCCCAGCCCUCAUAGGCCUCGACUUGGAUGGCCAUGAAAAGGUUUCCAAGGAUGCCAUGCAAACACACAACCGGUUACAUGAUCCCAUUAUAGAGGAGUGGAUCCGCGAAAGGUCAUCCACUCUUGAGAAAUGUGGUGAAAAGAAAGUGGCGAGAGAAUUUUUGGACGUCCUGGUUCAUCUAAAAGAUGCGGAGGGACAACCAUUGCUGUCCCUACAAGAAAUUAGAGCACAAACAGCGGAAAUGAUGUUUGCAGCAGUCGAUAACCCAUCUAAUGCGAUUGAGUGGGCACUUGCUGAGAUGAUGAAUGUGCCAGAGAUCAUGCAAAAAGCAACUGAGGAACUCGACACCGUUGUCGGUAAAGAUAGACUAGUCGAAGAGUCUGACAUUCCUCGGCUAAACUAUCUCAAAUCGUGCAUCCGGGAGGCCUUCCGCAUACACCCAUACCAUGCUCUUAAUGUACCCCAUGUCGCAAUGGCGGACACAACUGUUGCUGGCUACACAAUCCCCAAGGAUUGCCACAUACUUUUAAGCCGGCUUGGACUUGGCCGCAAUCCCAAGAUCUGGACUGAACCACUGGAGUUUCAGCCCGAGAGGCAUUUGAACACCGUGAAUGUACUUCUCACUGAUCCAGGCCUACGUUUCAUUUCAUUUAGCAGUGGGAGGAGGGGCUGUCCUGGGAUUUCACUUGGUACCUCUAUCACAAUGAUGUUGUUCGCAAGGCUGUUGCAGGGAUUCACUUGGACAAAGCUUCCCGGUGUUAAGAGUAUCGGUCUCCAAGAAGGCAAUACGGGCCUUGCACUAGCUGAACCCCUUGUUCUGCAAGCUACACCAUGGUUGGCUGCACAUCUCUAUAUAUGA